AUGGGCUCAUUUCUCCUGCGCUGGCGUAGACCAGGAGGUUGUGAAAGCCGAUUGGCGCUGUCAAGUGUGUGUGUUUCCGCUAGUGCGCAGCAGCUGAAGGUUCCGGACACGAGAAGCAAGACGCGAGGUGGCAAGAAGACCGGCCAAAAAGGCGAUGGAGGGUCCGAUCAGGGAGUUAGUUCCGAUGCAGAUCCAGCUGAGAAGCAGUUGGAAGAGGAACAACUCGCCAAGGAAAAGGCCUUUGCAAAGCAGAUGGAGGCGCGGAAGAAGCUACUCGCUAGGCAGAAAGCGUGGAAGCAGGAACAGCUGAGGCAAGAACGAGAAAUGCGGGAACUGGAGCUCCAAGUACAACGCGAGAUAGAAGAGCAGCAGUUGCAGCAAGAACAGGAAAUGUUGGACGCUCAACUGGCUGCGGAGAAGGAAUUUUUGGAGAAGCGAGAUGCGAUCCGGAAGAAAUUCGAAAACAGCGUCAAGAGGGUGAAUGCGUCCAAGGACGAAGAUGGUGCUGUCGGUGGGAGGUCGAAAAGUGAACCGGACCAGGCGGUAGAGGAGUGGCUGCAACAGUCAAGGAAGACAAACACGCAGCAGUCGGUCUCGGAUGUCAGGGGAGCUUUUCCGAAAGGUGGAGUUCCACUGGGAGCAGGAGUGGUUAUCAAGGCGAACAAAACGAAGUCGAUGAAACCGGUAAAGGAAGUGCCUGAAAUCGUCGAGAACGAGCCAGAGUCCAGCGAAGACGAAAGCAGCGAGUCGUUGGAUUAUCCAGCGAAAAGCCGUCACAGUCAGAGCCGGUAUGGCAGCAUGCAGACUAGCCGCUCGGAAAGCGGUGUCCCAGUACCUUCCGAAGUUUCGUGGAGAGCCGGAAGUCUGGCCGCAUACGACGAGCAUACGACGGCGGCGUGCGGGUUCACGAACUUGGAGAACUUGAAGCGGCUGCAGGACUGUCUACAGGGAGACGCACUCGAGGCAGUCAGGAGUCGGCUAGUGCUGCCGGAUUCGGUUCCGGAUGAUAUUUGCGAUCUGAGGAAUCUUUUCGGAAGGCCGGAAAAGUUGCUGAAGACGCUGCUGACAAAAGUGAGGAAUUCUCCUGCGCCGAGAGGAGAUCGGCUGGAGACCUUCAUUAACUUCGGGAUUACGGUGAAGCAACUGUGCGAUCAUCUUGAAGCUGCACAGCUCAGAGACCACCUGAACAACCCGAUGCUGGUACAGGAGUUGGUGGACAAGCUACCACCAAGCUAUAAGCUGGACUGGGUCCGUUUCAAGCGUGGAAAAAUUGACAGUCCACUAAGGAUGUUCUCGAACUUCACCACCGAAAUUGUUUCGGAUGUGUCCGAGGUUACGGAGUUCACUAUGUUGUCAGUGAACGAGCGAGCACGUCCUGGGAGAGAGAAUCCUAGGAAGAAGGAGUUUGUGCAUAUGCAUGAAUUUGCACAGAAGUGGAGCGAAGGAUCGCGGAUCGAGGCAGUCAGUCGGCCGUGCUGGAUCUGUGAGCGGACGGAUCAUUUGAUCAGAAAUUGCGAUGAGCUCCGGCGAAUGAAUAUCGCCGAAAGGCUUAGAGAGGUGGAGAGGCAGAAACUGUGUGGAAUCUGCCUAAACAAACAUGGAAAUAGUCGCUGCUCGUCGAAGAUCCGGUGCGUGGUGCGAGGUUGUCAAGGAAACCAUCAUCCUCUGUUACAUCGCGUGGAAAGAUCUGUGCAAUUGCAGAAAGCGAUAUCCGACUGCACAGUGAUUUUCCGUAUGAUGCCGGUAACGCUACACGUCGGCAAGCGUCAAUACGACACCGUCGCGUUCCUGGACGAAGGGUCAUCUGCGACUUUGGUCGAUGAUGUGGUAGCCAAACGAUUGAAAGCUGAAGGUUCACUGGAGCCGUUGAUAGUAACGUGGACCGGGAACAUCAACCGGUUCGAAAACGAGUCCCGCUGCGUAGAGAUGAUGGUGGCAGCAAAGGGCUCGAAGGAGAAGUUUCCGCUGUUCAACACUCGGACAGUAUCGGAGUUGCAGUUACCCAAACAGAAUGUUCGAUACGCAGAGGUAGUGAAGCGGUACACACAUCUUGUGGGCGUGCCAGUGAAAGAUUUUCCGUCCGGGGUGCCGACCAUCCUCAUCGGUUUGGAUAACCUACACCUGUUUGCGCCGCUGGAGUCACGUGUUGGUAGACCGAACGAACCGAUCGCCGUGCGAUCGAAGAUGGGUUGGACAAUAUAUGGGUCCGAAAAACGUAGAGCCAGCGUUAAUACAUACCUGAAUUUUCAUUCUAUCGCGACGGUGAGCAAUCAGGAGCUCCAUGAUUUGAUGCGGGAGCAGUAUGUGCUGGAAGAAACAGCGGGUGCAUCGUUCGCUGUGCCAGAACCGUUGGAAGAGAAGCGGGCUAGGGAGAUCCUGGAGGCGACAACACAGCGAGUGGGCCAUCGGUUCGAAACUGGACUGUUGUGGCGCAGCGAUGUCCGGAAAUUCCCCGAUAGCUACUCAAUGGCUAAGCGGAGAAUGCAUGCACUCGAUCGGAAAUUAGAAAGGAAUCCAGCGCUGAAGGAGAAUGUGUGUCGGCAGAUCGAGGAGUACCAGGAGAAAGGAUACGCGCACAAAGUAACCGACGUAGAGUUGAUGGAGACAGCUCAAUCUGCUGUGUGCUACCUGCCCCUUAACGUCGUGGUGAACCCACGAAAGCCAGGCAAAGUGCGCCUGGUAUGGGAUGCAGCAGCAUCAGUGAAUGGCAUUUCCCUGAAUUCCGAGCUGCUCAAAGGUCCGGAUAUGUUAGUUCCCCUUCCGCGAGUGAUCUGCCAUUUCCGAGAACGCCCGAUCGCCUUUGGAGGCGACAUCCAGGAAAUGUAUCACCAAAUCCGCAUCAGAUCGGAGGACAAGCAGGCGCAGCGAUUCCUGUUUAGGUCAGGUAGCGAAGAGGCUCCACAGAUAUUCGUGAUGGACGUGGCGACUUUCGGAUCCACGUGUUCGCCCAGUUCAGCGCAGUAUGUGAAGAACGUCAAUGCGAAGCAAUUUGCGAAGAGGUACCCGGAAGCAGUAGAUGCAAUAGUCAAACGUCAUUACGUGGACGAUUACUACGACAGUGUGGACACCGUGGAAGAAGCGAUCAAGAGAGCCAACGAAGUGAGAUAUGUUCAUUCGUGUGGCGGUUUUCGAAUUAGGAACUGGGUGUCUAACUCCAAUGCGUUCCUGCAGGCGGUUGGCGAGCAAAGCGGUGAGUCGGCAGUACACUUUAGCGAAAAUAAGGCUGCAGAGUAUGAACGUGUGCUGGGCGUAGUAUGGGAUACGAUAGAAGACGUCUUCUGUUUUGAGACCGCUUCGAAGUUCGAGUGUUCCAAAGUCCUCCGAGGAGAAGAACGUCCCACCAAGCGGAUGGUACUCAGCAUAGCCAUGGCACAGUUUGAUCCGGCCGGAUUCCUAGCUCCAGUUACCAUCCUGGGUAAAAUGCUGGUGCAAGAUCUGUGGAGAACAGGAUGCCAGUGGGAUGAUGCGGUAGAUGACCUAUCAUACAAAAAGUGGACGCGGUGGACGAGCAUGUUGGCGAAUGUCCAGGCAUUUAAGUUGUCGCGCAGCUACUUCGGCACUGCGAGGUCCGAUGAAAUCCGGGACGUACAGCUGCAUAUAUUUGCGGACGCGGGUGAGACGGGGUAUGGAUGUGUGGCAUAUUUUCGUGCCAUGGUGCGUGGAGAGGUGAAGUGCACGCUAGUGAUGAGCCAGGCGAAAGUUGCUCCCUUGAAACAAGUGUCAAUUCCGCGCCUGGAGCUUCUGGCGGCGGUACUGAGUGCACGGAUGUCACAUACGGUGCGCGAAAACCACAGCAUAUCCAUUAGCAAAGUGGUAUUUUGGAUAGAUGCAGAGGUGGUACUAUCGUGGAUUAGAUCCGACCAGCGCCGCUAUAAACAGUUCGUUGGUUUCCGCAUCGGAGAGAUCCUGAGCUUGACGAGACUAGCAGACUGGCGGUGGGUUCCGACAAGGCUGAACGUUGCAGACCUGCUGACGAAGUGGGGAAAGGAUCCAGAUCUACAUCCGAGUGGUCCGUGGGUACGAGGCCCACAGUUUCUGUACGACCGGGAGGAAAAUUGGCCGAGGAAGAGUUUGCCGCCGGCUAAUACGACUGAGGAACUUCGGGUUCAUCUGUUGCUACACGACGUAAAGAUACCAGCGGUUCUUGUAGACGCGAACCGCUUCUCGAAGUGGACGAUCCUGGUCCGAACGAUAGCGUGCGUGUUUCGAUUUGUGACGAACUGUAGACGGAAAAAAGGGAAACUGCCGAUAGAAACGUUGCGAGCAACGAAAGGUCAGCUGAAGUCGCAUAUAUCAAAUGCGGGUGCGUCGGUUCGACUACCACUACAGCAGAAGGAGUACGAGCAAGCAGAGCGAUGCUUGCUGAAGGUAGCGCAGUCGGAGAGUUUUAUCGAUGAGCUGAAGGUGCUGUCGAGCAACAAAGAUCGUCCGGCGAGCCAGUGGAUGGCACUUGAGAAGUCUAGUCCGCUAUACAAGCUGACCCCGCUGGUAGAUGAGUAUGGCUUGAUCAGAAUGGAGGGCCGCGUGGAGCGGGCAGAGUUUCUACCGUUCGACUUGCGGUUCCCAGUUAUUCUUCCGAACGACCACAGAAUUACGAAGCUGAUAGUCCAACAUUACCAUGAGAGGAGUGGCCAUGGAUACCGCCAGGCGGUUAAAAACGAGUUGCGGCAGCUGUACUACAUUCCGCAUGUAGAUGCAGUGGUGAGAAAAGUGUCGGUGGCCUGCGUCUGGUGUAAAGUGCAUCGCUGUCGUCCCCAUGCUCCACGGAUGGCUCCACUACCAGUGCAGCGCAUUACGCCGAAUCUUCGGCCAUUUAGCUACGUGGGUGUCGAUUAUCUGGGGCCGUUUGACGUGACUGUAGGGCGUCGAACAGAGAAACGUUGGAUAGCGCUGUUCACAUGCAUGGUGAUACGAGCGGUACAUUUGGAGGUAGCCCACGGAUUGACAACACAGUCCUGUUUGAUGGCGAUACACCGGUUUAUCGGUCGCCGGGGCUGGCCGAUUGAAUUCUUCUCCGACAACGGGACGAAUCUGCGAGGAGCAAGCAAGGAAGUAGUAGAGGUUGUACAGGGCAUCAGAGAUGACUGUGCAGACCAGCUGACGAAUGCAAAGACUAGGUGGACGUUCAAUCCUCCCGCUGCGCCUCAUAUGGGGGGCGUCUGGGAGCGGUUGGUGCGUUCCGUGAAGGAGGCGUUAACAGCGUUGAACGAUGGAAGGCGACUGACGGACGAGAUUUUGCAGACGGUAAUCGUUGAGGCUGAGGACAUCGUCAAUUCUCGUCCCCUCACCUACGUGUCGCAACAGAACAACGAGGCAGAAGCACUAACCCCAAACCACUUCUUGAGGGGUGGGUCACCGAAUCAGCCAAGCGGUACACCGCCGCCACCCAAUCCGGCAGUGGCUCUCCGGGACGCCUUCCAGCGGUCCCAGCAAAUAGCCAGCGUGAUGUGGGAUAGAUGGAUCAAGGAGUACGUGCCUUUGCUGAACCGAAGGUCCAAGUGGUUCGGCGAAUCAAGACCGUUGCAAGCAGGAGAUUUGGUGUAUAUCGUAGAUGGUACCAACCGUAAGUGUUGGGUUCGUGGAGUGGUAGAAGAACCCAUAGUGUCCGGAGACGGAAGGGUCCGUCAAGCGUGGGUGCGUACUAGCACCGGAAGGUAUAAGCGAGCGUCAGCGAGGCUGGCCGUGAUAGAAGUUGAGGAAGGUAACCCUGAGCCGGAAGUGGCCUCCGGGGCAGAGUUACGGGCCGGGGAAUGGUCUGGCAACCCUGCCCAGACGCAGCCGCAUCACAACCAAUAUUUGGCCGAGUAG